CACCUUGGACAAAAGGACAGUUCCAUGAAGUCUAUUUUGUUAGCAGGCAUCGAAACACCUGAUCCUGUCUAUUUCUGUACUGUUGAAGCACCAUCUGAAGCAUCGAAUUUGGAAUUCGAAAAGGCAUUGCAUGAACUUGCGGUGGAGGACCCAUCAAUGCAGGUACGAAUUGAUAACGAAUUGGGUCAAACAAUAAUUGGAGCAAUGGGCGAACUGCACGUUGAAGUUAUCAAAGAUCGGCUUAAACGCGAUUAUGGCCUCAAUGUGUUCCUGGGACCGUUGCAGGUUGCAUACAGAGAAAUGAUUGCAAAUGAGGUAACAAAUGCAACAACGGUGAGUGAUACAUUCGGUGAGAACGAAAUGAGGCAUGAAUGCCGCAUCACGUUCACCGUUGCACCAAGCCGAAGUGCAGGCAAAUUUAAGCAGGUGGUUGUGCUUCUGGAUGAAGACAAUGAAUAUGCCGGUGUUGGUUUGCGCGAAAGCUGGUUGAAUGCAAUCAAUGAAGGUUGCGCAAAUGCACUGUAUACGGGACCCGUGGCAGGCUUUACAGUGCACGGUGUUACUGUGGUAUUAACUGAUUUUGUGGCCAGUGGGGGACGCCUGAAUCCAUCGGUUAUAUCCGCUGCAGCUAGCAGAUGUGUCACAGAAGCACUGACAAAAGCCGGUAUCUACCUUAUAGUUACAACAACCAAAACGCAUGCGGAUCUGGUGCUACAAGAAAUUUAUAAACGACGAGGUACCGUAAUAGCAGAUGGAGCAGACUCCCUCGGAGGAGAGUGUUUGGUGCGAUGCAACGUGCCACUGGCUGAAUUACAGGGAUUUCCGAAAAAUGUCCGAAUUCUGACAUCUGGUCACGCCAGCAUCCAUAUGGAGGUGGGCGGUUAUCAGGAAGUGCCCGAACAUAGGCAGAAAGAAAUUGUGAACAUGCUCAAAGUUGGGCACAGCUGA